UGAUAAAAGUAGAAAACUAUGGGACGGUCAAUAUUGAUAAUAAUAAUAAUAAUAAUAAUAAUGUUAAAAAAAAGGGCGAAAUCAAAUUGAAAACACUUGUAGAGCCAUAGGAAUUUUGAACAAUAUGCAUUAGAACAAAAAUAUUAUAAUGUUACCAGUCAAUACCAAUAGUUUUAAGAGCCCUAUGUGAUAAAUUAAAAUGUAUGUUUGCUGUAGAUAGCAUUACAGAGCGCAGGUAAAAAAAAAAAAAAAAACGAUAAUUUUGAUUUGUAUUUGUUUGUACCUAGUCAUACUUCUCAACACAAAGUUUUUCUAAUAAUUAUAUUUGAUCCUUAGGAAAUGAUCUUACGAUGGAGUUUGCUGACAAAAUUGGAAUACCAAAGUUGAAUGGUGUAACCAUGAGAGGUCCCCAUGUGUCCAACUCCAGUACUGGGACACUAGUCAUUACCGGUCAUCAUUUAAUAUUUUCAUCCAGAUCUGAAGACGUUGAACUAUGGGUAAAUGAUUAAAUUUUUACACACACAAUAUUUUUUCAACAAUUAUAUUUAUAAUUUUUAUCUGUUAAAAUAUAUAUAUUAUACCUACAGACUAGUAAAAUACUAAAAUAUUUUUGAAAUAUAUAUAUUUUUUUUAAAUUCCUGCUUAAAAUUUUUAAUCAAAACAAACUAGAGGUAGAUAUUCUAUGUUCAUAUAAGUAUAAAGUUAUUGUGUUUUUUAUGUAAAUAAAAUCUGUUUCAUAAAUAUUCAUUCAAAUUUUUAAAUUAAAAUGUCUAGAUUUUGAAUCGUAACAUUGACAUUGUGGAAAAGAAAUUAAACACGGUUACUUUAAAAUGUAAGGAUUUUAGAAUUAUUGUUUUUGAUAUGCCGUAUAUUGAACAAGCUACCUCAGUUGCUGCUUCUAUUGAAUCACUCAUAAUGCCAGGUUUAAUAAAAUAUUAAAUAAUUUUUUACUAAAAGAAACACAUCACCCAUUUUUAUUUGUAUAAUUGUUAGAUGAAGCGGAACAUUUUCACCAUAUGUUUUCAAAUAAAACUAAUGAAUAUCGUUCACAGUUUGAUGUACAAUCUCAAUGUGAAAAAUUAAUUGCUGGUGAUUCAAUGUGGAGAAUAUCACAUGUCAAUAAAUCUUACAGGGUAGAUAUGAUUUAAAUGUUUUUAUUUAAAAGUAUUGAAAUACCAUAUAAGUAUAUAAAUAUUAAAAUCAUUUCAAUUUUACAGGUUUGUAAUUCUUACCCCGAAUUGACUGUUGUUCCUUCUAAUGUUGAUGAUACUAUGUUAAUUGCAUCUGCCAAAUUUCGGCAAAAUGGACGAUUCCCUGUUUUAAGUUAUCGUCAUGAAAAAGGAGUAAGUUCUUAUAUUAUAAUGUUUGUUUCCGAAAAAAAGUGUGAAAUAUUAUUAUGAAAAUUUGAAUCUAUUUCUUAUCUAUAGAGUGUAUUAAUGCGCAGUAGUCAACCUUUAGUUGGAUCCAGUUCUAAACGUUGUAAACAAGAUGAGCGUGUUAUAAAUUCAGUUCUUGGUCCUGGAAAAAGAGGUUACAUAAUUGACACUCGUAGUGUGGCAACUGCAACAAAUGCUAAAGCUCGCGGUGGUGGAUUUGAAAUGGAAGCGCAUUAUCCUCAGUGGCGACGAGUAAAUUCGGCUCUUGAACGACACAAUGUUUUAUUGGAUAGCUUGUCAAAAUUAGUAGAAGCUUGCAAUGAUACAGCAUGCACUAUAGACCGAUGGCUGAACAAAUUAAAUGGUAGCGAAUGGUUAUCGCACGUCAAAGACACAUUAAAUGCUGCUUGUUUAGUAGCACAAUGCUUAAAUCAAGAGCGAGCAUCGGUUUUGGUUCACGGAUCAGAGAGCACAGAUGCUACAUUGGUGUUAAUAUCACUAACUCAGUUAAUAUUAAAUCCAGAAUGUCGAACAAUUGUUGGGUAAAACUGCUUUAACAUAGACUGUGCAUGGGUAAAAGGGAUAUAAAUAAAGUAAAUAAGUAAAACGACACUAGCAUUCAGGAAACACAAUAAACUUUUCAUUUCUACAAUAAUUUUUUAAAUUUUUAUUCUUAACUCAACUUAUAAUUUGAUACUUAUUAAGAAUAAUAAUUAUUAAAGAAAUGAGCUUAUUCUGUUUCCUGAAAAUUAGUAUUUUUUUUACUUACUCCCUUUUACCUGUGCACCAUCCACAUAAUAUAUUCAUUGAAAAAGUAGAAAGUUUAACUUUAAUUUUCUUAUAGGUUUGAAUCAUUAAUUGAAAGAGAAUGGCUUCAAGCAGGAUAUCCAUUUGAAACUCGUCACAAAAGUGGUUGUUAUAACGCUGCUCGUUCAAAAGUAUCUUCAUCAUCUUCUUCCAAGAUUUUUCAUCAUGGAUCAGGCGCAACUUUUCUAUUAUUUCUGGAUUGUACAUGGCAAAUACAUAAUCAGUUUCCAUGUUGUUUUCAGUUUUCAACUAAUUUUUUAUCAUCACUGGUUGAUCAUUCAUACUGUUCAGAUUUUAGUACAUUUUAUGGUAAUUGCGAAGCUGAUAGACAAACUAAUCGAUAUGGAAAACCAAAUUUAUGGUCUUAUUUUGAUCAAAAAUUAGAUAAUAUUACUAAUCCUCUAUAUUUGCCUACAAACAACGUGAUUUGGCCCUCUGUUGCACCAUUUAGUAUAGUAAGUAUUUCUAAUUUUGUUUGAUUGUUACAGUUAUUUUUUUACAAUAUUAAAUUUACAAUAAAUUUUUCUCUUUAAUGAUAUUAUUGAUCAUUAAUCAAAUUAAUAUUUUAGGAAUUGUGGCGAGAUAUGUACUUAAGAUGGUCCAUUGAUCAAACUCAUCAAAAUAUGUAUAAAAAGUCAAUUGUUGAAUUAGUAAAACGGAAUAAAGAGUUGAAAAUAAUAGCUACAAAAUUGCGUAAUGAGAGUCAUGAAUCUAAUAAUGAAUCUGCAUAAUAAAUUUAAUUUUCUAUAAUAUUCAAUUUAAGUCUCUAAAUAAUUAUUUUAAUUUUUAUUAAUUUUUUUUUAUGCCAUUUAAUUUUAAAUCAAUGUAGUAUGUAUCUAUGUACAAUGUUUGCCAUUGAAAAUUAUAUUACCUACUACUAUAUUAUAGGAAAAUAAAUAACUUGUUUAUCUACAGUGUUCAGGUUAUAGUAGUAAUUUUUUUUUUAUUGAAAUAUGGGCCAGAUAAAUAUUUAACAUUUGUUUUUAUUUUUAUAUACAAAAAUAUUUUGUUUGAUUUACAUUUUGUUCAUAAAAAAAUAUAUAUAUAUAUACAAUUAAUAUCACUUAUAUUUAAAUUAUGUUUAUAACUAAUGAAAUAUUAAUGAAUUGUGUCAGAAAAAUUAUCUUCCAUUUUAUGUAACAACCUUAAUCCAAUAAAAAAUGUUCCUUAUAUUUUGUUAUAACUGAAUUGUCCUAUGCAAUAAUCAAAUAAUUUGGUAACAUAAUUAAUACAGACUUAAAUAGUUUAAACACUUAACAAAAUAAUAAUUUCUUAUAGUCCUAACCACUUAGUAUAGAUUUUAUUUUAUAGUUAUUAUUUAGUCAAAUUUUGAAUCAGUCAUAUUGAAUUAGUAUACUCGGCAAGUAAAAUUAAACUAGAGUUCCACAUAUGUGGAAAAAAAUUGUCAAUCAUAAAGGUAUAAUUACUUAAAGAUAAAAAUGGUUUUUCAUGGAAUUUAUAAAAUAUUUAAAUUAUAAUAGAAUUAAAUGACAAUUGGAAAUAACCUGUUAUCUAUAGUUUAGUAAAAUAUAAAAUGUGAUGUAUGCAAUUGAUAAUGGCUAAUGAAUGAGUAUACACUUGAAACAUUUAGUUAUUAAGGUUAACUUUAUAUAAUGGAUAAUUCAUGAAAAAAAUAGAUGGAUAAUGAAUAAUGAUGAUGAUGAUGAUCUAGACAUUGUCUUCCAAAAACUUCUGAAAAUUAGGAAAAUAAAAAUAUUAGGAAAACAAUAAAAAAAAUAAUUUUUAUUUUAUUUCAUAUUUUAACUAUAAUUGCUAAUUUAUUUUAUUAUAAAACACAGUCUAUAAAAAAAUCUGGCAAGAUUUGACAUAAUUUACAAAAUAAAAUUGAGUACCCGGACCUAAUGUAUAUUUUAUAUAAAAUAAUAAUUAUUGUACUUUUUUUUGUACUUUUUUCAGUUCUAGUUUGCUGAGCGUUUUCUUUCUUUGAUAUACCAUAUGCAAAUACAUUUGAGGAAAAACUGAAAAAAUAUUAAUUCUAUAAAUGAUCAAACAUUCACAGUACAUUCAAAAGAAUAUUUAAAAAUAAGAAAACUAAUUAUAAUACAUCGGCAAUUUUUUUUAUUUGAAAACAAUUAUCAUUUUUAAGGAGAGAGAGAUAUAUACAAUAUAAACAGGAUGGGGCACUUUUAAAGGAUGGCUGAUUUUAAAAACAAAUUUUCUCAAUAGCAAUUUAAGAUAAGAAUGCUUACUAAAUGCUAACCCAGAUGUAUAAAAACGAAAACUUUAUUCAAAAUGUUUUGAUGUCUAAUGAAGCACAUUUUCAUUUUAAUGGAUUUGUGAAUAAGCAAAAUUGUCGUUAUUGGUCUGAGAAGAAACCCCACCAGCUUUUUACCAAUGACCAUUACACAGCAAUUGAGUAACAGUAUCAUGUUACUCAAUCUAACUUUAAAUCUGUAUGUCCAUAUAAUCAAUAAUUUUUUGGUAGGUGAACUAAUUAAAUUUUCUUAAAAUUAUAACUUGGUUUCAACCAGUGUGAUAUUUCACAUGGUCUGAAUAUAAAUGCUGUUCAAAAUAUUUUUGGAAAUUGUGUUGUUACCACAAAAUGUAAUAUUUAUUGAUUUUAUAAAAUUUUAAACUUGUAUGACUUUCUUUAAAAUCCAUUAACUUUGAUGUCACUGAAUGUGUCAGUCCAAAUUAGUGCAUAUUAAUAUUUGACAGAGUUGUAUACAAACAUACAUAAAAAAUAAAUACAACUUAAACACUUUCAUUUUUAAAGUCUGUUACAAAGUGAUAGGAUUUAAAUUUGUAAGUUAUAUCAAUAAUAACUUAAUUUAACUUUAAUACAUACAAAUAUAUUGAUUUAUAAUAAUAGAUAAUACUUACGUGGUAUGUAAACCAACAUUACUAUACAAAUUGCUGCCCAUAAGCUAAAUGAAAAAUUAUAUUUAUUGGGCAUUUCAAUGCUCCACAUUUUUGUUUUUCCUAGGUAUCCUAAUGACGUCCAGUAAACUAACAAUUCACCAGACACACCAACUGGAUAUAAUACAUAAAAGAAUGUAUACCUAAAAAUAUGGAGUUACAAAUUUAUUAAACACAAUAAUGUUAUAUAUAUAGGGUUUAUCAUAUUUGAAAAAAUUACCUUGCCCAAACAACUAAAUAAGGGAUAUAACCAAUAAUAUUGAAUCCGUAGUAUGAGUAUCUCGUAAUUUCUGCAAAACACCAAGCUGUCAAGGCCAAUGGCAAACCUGGCGAGUUGGAGGUUUCUGGUAUAAAUGCAAUAGCAGCAACAAUUGCCACUCUAGACAAUACUUGUUGAAUAGUAACUGCUAAAUUACUUUUUACCAAACCAAUUGCCACAUUGAUUAUCUAAAA